CAUGCGCUGGAUGGAGAGACUGAGCGCGCAGCGUCAGCACCGGUUAAUUAUACUGAUUUGGAAGUUGCCUCACCCUGUACUGUAGCGGCUAUGAGUUUAGAGGCGGUUUCUCAUAUCGCGCGCCCCCUCCUUACUCCGGCUCCUCCCUCUCCUUGAAGCCGGUGUGACCCGCCUGCUGACUGGCACCGGAAGCGGCUUGAGGGGGAACCAAUGACUGGGAAUAUCCGGCAUUUGCUGUCUCUACUCGGUGCGGACUAAGUGCAGCGACCAACGAAUUGGAAGAAGGACCGGGUUGAGGGAGCAAUAAAACGGCCUGGGGUGCCGGCGCCACCUCUAAAAACACUUCGGCCGACCUGUUCUUACAACUUCUUGGGAGCUGGGCGGUUCUACCAACGGCCGCUGGAGCCCCGUCACUUCGGGUCCCCUGCACUUUCCCAUGUGGUUCCCGAAGGAAAGAGACACUGCCAGGGGACACCUGUCUUGGCCCGGUUACCCCUUGUGUCGCACCUGAACCUUCUCUUGACCUGAGGUCACUGCUCCAGCUGUCUCUGGAAGUUUCAGCCAGUUCGGAGAACAUCCGUUCUUUCUUCAUUCAUUCAAAGUACGUUUAAUGCGCUUUAAUCCGCGUCACCAUGGGAAAAAUGCUCUCAAAGAUUUUCGGCAACAAGGAGAUGAGGAUAUUAAUGCUUGGACUUGACGCUGCCGGCAAGACCACCAUUCUCUACAAGCUGAAGCUGGGCCAGUCCGUAACCACCAUCCCUACAGUGGGCUUCAAUGUGGAAACGGUGACGUAUAAAAACGUCAAGUUUAAUGUAUGGGACGUAGGUGGCCAGGAUAAGAUCCGGCCGUUGUGGAGGCAUUAUUACACCGGCACCCAGGGGCUCAUCUUUGUAGUGGACUGCGCUGACCGGGACCGCAUAGACGAAGCCAGACAAGAGCUCCACCGCAUCAUCAAUGACAGGGAGAUGAGGGACGCCAUCAUCCUAAUAUUUGCCAAUAAACAAGACCUCCCAGAUGCAAUGAAACCUCACGAGAUCCAGGAGAAACUGGGCCUGACCCGGAUCAGGGAUAGGAAUUGGUACGUGCAACCUUCCUGUUCCACCAGUGGAGAUGGCCUCUAUGAAGGACUCACAUGGCUAACGUCCAAUUAUAAAUCUUAAUGACAAAUAACAUUUCUCAGACAAAAUGUAUAGAGGCAAAGCACUGUCGUAGGAUAAUGCUGACCCAAUUGAUUAUACCACUUUAAAUUACAACGAAAUAUGGGAUGGAUUAUUAUUGUUUUUCCUUUGCAUUAGGAUUUUUCUGAUCAAAUCUCCAGACCUCAAACCUAUGGUAUAAUAAGACUCCCCAAAAAGCAAGAUUGCCUUUACUGAUAUUCAUAACCACCUUCUCAGAAGACCCUAAGAAUGAGUGUUUGGUUUGAGGGAACAGUCUUCACAAGUAUAUGCUUUGUUUCCCAUUCUGCUUUGUUCACUUUUUUAUUUGUUUAGAUUUCUUUUUUGCAUCCAUACAGAGUAUGUUGCUAGGUCUCUUUCAAAUAGUAAACUUUAAAAUUAUAUUCUUUAAAAUCACCCUGCCGUUUGUCUUUUAUACUGACUGUUUUUGAAAGUUCUGCAAGCUAGCCUAUAACAAAUUUAGAAACUGACCUUUUUAUAUUUUAAGGCGCAAGACCUUUUUCCAGAAUGUUGCUAAUAAAAAGUUAUAUUAUAAAAUAUAUAUAUAUAUAUUUAGCUUCACAUCAGCCAUAUUUGAUUAGAUCAAAUCUGUACAAAUUGUGACUUUUUAAAAUGUCAUAACUUGCUCACACAAUACUCCAUGCAUGAGUAGGCUAAUUGCAAAUUUGAAAAUUGUACUGUGAUAAGACAACUUUGUUACAAAUGACAGCUAAUGUUGUGAUAAGGCCUGUCCGCAUUUGUAUAUAUGAAGGAGGGCGUCCGUAACAUGUAGCAAUACAUACAAUUAUGCAAAGGGCAUCACAUUGACGAACAGAUUAAGAAAAGCACAACUUUGUAAUAGUCAUUGCAAAGCUUACUUGAUGCUUGAUAAAUGAUCUGCCUAAUUUUGUGUUAAAAGGUACAUUGCUCCAAGAGUCUUAAAAUAUAUGCUUUUAUAAAUAAAAAGUACCUACAUUAUUUCUGUAA